AUGACUGACACAGCUCCAGCUCCCGUCGUCCAGAAGGUAAAGAAGACCACCAAACCCAAGAAGCCAGCUGAGCACCCGAAAUACAGCGAGAUGGUGGUAGCCGCUCUCAAGGACCUGAAAGAGAGAGGAGGAUCAUCUAGGAGCAAGAUCUUGAAGUACAUCGUCACCAACUACAAAGUAGGAGACGAGAAGACCGUCAACACACACCUGAAGCUUGCUCUGAAAAGUGGCGUCCAGUCCGGUAUGUUGAAACAGACUAAGGGUACCGGGGCCACGGGAUCUUUUAAGCUCGGAGAAACUGCCAAGAAAGCCUCGGUCAACCCAAAGAAAGCCGCUGUCAAAAAAGCAGCUGCCAAAAAGCCAGCCACUAAAAAGACAAAAUCACCGAAGAAAGUCACAAAGAAACCAGCUGCUAAGAAACUCCAAUCUCCUGCCAAAGAAGUUACUAAGAAGGCGAAAUCUCCGAAAAAGGUGGCAAAGAAACCGGCGUCUAAGAAACCAGCCAAGUCCCCGAAGAAACCAGCAGUCAAGAAACCAACCGCUAAAAAAGCUGCUGCUAAGAAGCCAGCAACCAAGAAAACAAAGGCUUAA